AUGACGUGGCGUGCAGCAAGACGGCGGCCGCCCAGCUCGUCCGGUCGGUCCACACCCCCGCCCAUAUGCUCACACCGCCCACCCGUCAGCAUCGUGGUGGAAGUUGGGGGCACCGUCGUGUUCGACUGCGAGGCGGAGGGAUCGCCGCUCCCCGAGGUGCAGUGGAGCGUCAGUCCCGGGGAGAUGCACGCCAGGUACAUCCGCCUCACGAACGGGUCCCUGCAGCUUAUAGCAGCCCAGAUCGAGGACGAAGGUCACGUGAUCUGCCAAGCCUACAAUGAACUCGGGGAGGACCUCGCCAAAGCUGACCUCAGCGUCAAAGUGUCGGGCAUGUGGGCAUCGUGGGGCCCCUGGACGUCGUGUAGCGUGUCCUGCGGGCCCGGGCAGCAGACGCGGCGCCGGCUGUGCAAUGCCCCCGCCCCACGACACGGCGGCGCCCCCUGCCCCGGUGACGAGGCCCAUACCCGACCCUGCCGACCAGCCGUCCGUCCCGCUCGACGGCAACUGGUCCCCGUGGGAUCCCUGGGCCGAGUGCAGCGUGACGUGUGGUUCCGGCGUAAGAUUGAGGACGAGGUACUGCUCGGCCCCCGCCCCCCUCUAUGGUGGUCGUCCUUGCAUGCGAUGGAAUGCCGUCGAGAGGAGCCCUGUUCUCUGAGGGACUGUCCAGGUCUGCUCCUUCCGCCAUGCCUGCUGGUUCUCGGGUUCUUGGGUUCUUUUGGGGUUCUUUUGGGUUCUUUUGGGGUUCUUGUUUGUGUUUUCAGAUUUGGGUUCAUAGGGGGUGUCCGGAGGGUGGGCGAGUGGACGGCGUGGUCCGACUGCAGCACCACCUGCGGCCAGGGUCUCCGUCAGCGAACACGCCUCUGCGACUCUCCUCCUCCAGCUGCCGGGGGGGCGCACUGCCAGGGGGACGGCCUCGAGGUCACGCCCUGCUCUAAUCCACCCUGUUUGCUGGACGGCAACUGGGGGACGUGGGCGGCGUGGAGCGUGUGCAGCGUGUCUUGCGGCGGGGGCGUGAGGCGGCGGGAGCGGGCGUGCGACGACCCGCCCCCCUCGAACGGCGGACGGUACUGCCCCGGCUCAGACACCCUCGAGGACUACUGCAACCUGGACAUGUGCCCCGUCAAUGGUGGCUGGUCGUCGUGGUCGUCGUGGGGGUCGUGCACGGCGACCUGCGGCGGCGGCCAGAGGCGGCGGUUCCGCACGUGCGACAACCCCGGGCCGUCGCAGGGCGGGCGGGCGUGCACGGGGCCGGACACCGACUCGGAGGCGUGCAACACGGUCAAGUGCCCAGUGAACGGCGCGUGGAGUUCCUGGAGCGAGUGGUCACCUUGCAGCAUGACCUGUGGCCUCGGAAUGCGGGUCAGGUCACGGCUCUGCAACAACCCUUACCCUGGUUUCGGCGGCGCCCCGUGUGUGGGAGAGGAACGUGAGACCUCCAGCUGCGAGGGAGACACGUGCGAAGUCCUCCCCACGCUAGCCAAGGGGACGGUCAUCGGGGAACUCAACGGGGAGGACCUGGGCAUCGUGUCCCUGGUGUCCAACGUCAGCACCCUCGGCAUGCAGCGCACCGUCACCACCAGAGUCAGUCCUCUCAUCCCCAAACAUGCCACCUGGUUGACCCCGCUGCUGGCUGUGGCGUCCCCCGUGUACUGGACGUCGGCCUAUGAGGUCAACGGCGCCGCCAACGGUCAUUCGCUCACCAAGGGCUUCUUCAGGAGGGAGGCUCACGUGGCCUUCGCUACAGGUGAGACCGUGGACAUGACUCACGUGGUCCGGGGAGUGGACGCCAACGGGGCCCUGCUGGUGGACGUCCAGCUGACAGGACACGUGCCUUAUCUACCCCCGGGGUCCCUUAUCACCCUGCAGCCUUAUAAUGAGGACUACGUUCAGACUGGCGGCGGGUCGGUCUUCGCCACCUCGACCCGCACCUUCACCCUGGACGGCUACCACCUCCCCUACGCCUGGAACCAGACUAUUUCCUACGACGCUGAGCUCGGUUUGCAGCCUUACCUCGUGCAGACCCUUCAUGCUGCCGGUCUGGGGUCUGCGUAUAGAACGAGUCAGGCCGAGCUGGACGUGGUCGUGUCAGCCUCCAUCUCUCCGGCGUCGAACAGUGGCACUUGUCCCUCGGGCUUCACCCUCGACUCGUCAGGCCCUUACUGCCGCGACAACGACGAGUGCCUGGCAUCCACGAGCCGCUGUUCCCACGGCUGCACCAACACCGUCGGGAGCUACUCCUGCGACUGCAACUCUGGCUACACGCUGGGUCCUGAUGGAUAUACGUGUCAAGACGUAGACGAGUGUUCAAUGGCCGGAGUCUGUGGGCCGCUUGAGAACUGUGCCAACACCCCUGGUUCUUACACCUGCACGUACAACUGCCGCCCCGGACUCAAGAGGACUGCCUCGGGUACAUCGUGUGAAGACAUAAACGAAUGCACGGAGACGCCCGGAGUGUGUGACCAGACGUGCCUCAACCUCAUCGGGGGAUAUCGGUGCGACUGCAGAAGGGGAUUCAGGCUCGUCGGGCAGAGCCGCUGCGUCGACAUCGACGAGUGUUCGCAGUUCCGAUCGCCGUGUACCCAUGGCUGUGAAAAUACCGUGGGUUCCUUCAGGUGCUCUUGCCCCGAGGGUCACAUGCUCUUGCCCAAUGGUCGCUGCAAAGAUAUCAACGAGUGUGCAACAUAUCAACAUGACUGCCUGGAGGAGCAAGAAUGUAGGAACACAGAAGGGUCUUACAUCUGCAUAACACACUGUCCUAAUGGCCUGACGAACGCAGACAACGGGACGUGUAAAGACAUUGACGAGUGUGCCGAGCAGAUCUCAGGAUGCCACUUCACACAGACCUGCUCAAACACAUGGGGUUCUUACCACUGCACUUGCCCACGGGGAUUCAGCUCCUCAGGACCGGGGCAGCCUUGUUUAGAUGUGAAUGAGUGCCUGGCAACCCCUCCGCCGUGCAAGUACCAGUGCCACAACCUCCGCGGAACUACGAGUGCAUUUGCGGCC